AUGAAUGUGAAAGUAGAAAUCGCUGUCCGAGUGCUCAGCACAUGCUACGCGGUGGGCAUUGGCGGCAUGAUUCUCAGCUUACAAGGCGAAGAUACCAGCUACAUUAUGCUUCAGGUGGUAUUCACCAUGGUCUUCACGUGUCCAUGCUUGUGGGCCAUUAUCAGGUUCUGCCGCGAUCACGCAACUCGGCGAAAGAUGGUGGUUUUGCCCGAAAAGAAAGCUAAGAAAAAGCCUGAUAUUGCCAAGACCUCCGUCAAGGUUGUGCAGCGCACGCAGGCUGAGAUCCUGGCGGAGCAGCGCGAGCGAGUAAGAAAUCUUCAAAAUGUGAGCGAGAAGCCCAAGGUAAAAAUUCCAAAGCGCAAAGGUCCUCCUUCAGCAAAAAUGACACUGAAUAAGUGA